GAUCGCGACUGGCUGGACCGCUUCUUGUAAACAACUCCAUUCCUGGCACUGUGUAUGUGUGCGAGUGUGUGCGUGUGUGGGUAAGAUCGUGUCGCGUGUAUGGCGCUAUUCCGCAGAGACAAAGCGUCAGUAUAAAGCGUAGUACCAGCGGCGCACCAUAGGUUAGUUGUUUGCUGAAUUCCCAAGCCUGAAGGUUGCCCGUGAGUUGCAACUCGUCGAUCGGGUUCGUUUUACCCAGUCCACCAACAUCAUUGUGAAUGCGAACAACAGCUCCGGUGAGAGCAGUUACAAACAGCAAACGAGACAAACAUACACACAGCAUCCCACGGACAGAUAUUGUCGAUCGGAAUAUUGAGGUUAGAAAUUGUUGAAGGGAAGUCGGACAGGUGAUUGUGCUGUGUGCGUAUGUGUUUAGUGAGUGAUAUACGUAAAUAAGUGAAGCAUCGAAACGACGGAACACACAAAAUGAUUUCGGAACUGUUUCAAACGAUGCACAAGGCCCGCUUCAGUGGCAUCCGGAUCGUGCCGGAAAACUCGCCCUCGCUACAGCAAUCCUGCGUCCGGGCGUUCGUUGAAAGUGUGCGGAAAGCGAAGAAGGGUGAUAGCGAGGGAUGGUUGCGGCAGCUGCAGUUUUUACCGGCUCCGCUGCUCACACCCAUCCUCGACCGCAUGUGCCGCUAUCCGGAGUUGCGAGACAUGCUGCGCGAUGAGCUCACCGAUCCGGUACUGUUCAUGAAGCUGUUCAACGGGUACGCGCUGGACUAUGAUACGCUGGAGAAGUGUUUACGGGAGGCGGCCCGCUCCGUUGGACGUCCGGCAGUCCUGCGGGACCUUGCCUACAACUACUGUGAUAUGUUGCGCACCGAGCUGAUGCGGUUGCGCAAAGCCGAAACUCAGUCGAAACAGUCGAGAAUCAGGGCACGGGUGCUGGAAUCGCUUCGCUUCGGUGACUACCUGUACGAGGCGGGCUGGUGUCGCUGUGGUGCGGAGGUGCUCACGCUCACGCAAGAACUGAUCGCACUGCUGCCCGCGCCGGGCCGGCCACUGCAGAUGGAGAGUUUGGCGAGACUGUUGCGUGCGCAGAUCGGUGCCUGUCUGACCUCGCGGGCAGCCGCCACCGUGCAGCGAUUGGUCGCACUCGUCGAGAUGCCGGUGGGUGAGUCCGGAGCAGUACCGCUCCCUCUAGUCAAGGCUUACCUGCAGCUCGGCAGCUACUACUACCACGUGCAGGACUACGAGCGUUGCCAUCAGUGGGCGCUGCGAGCGCUCGCCUCCGCAGCGGACGGUGGUGACGCACCGGCCAAAGGCGACGUCAUCGACGUGCUGCAGCUGAUCGCGCUCUUCUGCAUCGCGAAGGAGCGCCACGACCUUGGCAACAUGCUGAUCAGCCAGGCGGUGCAACGGGCGCGCACCGUGUACGGAAGUCUCCAUCGCAAGUACGCGGACGUCCUUCAGCAGUACGGGUUCGUGCUGCUGCGCAUGAAUGCCAUCCUGCCCGCGAUCACCGCGUUCACCGAGUGUCUCGACGUUACCGGGCGCGUGUACGGACUGCUCAGCCCGCACGCCGUCGUGCUCGAAGGAUAUCUGGCGCACUGUCUCUAUCUGCGGUCCCACACGACCGGUCGCUUCGAUAUGGCGCUGCGCCAUGCCGAAACUGCGCUCGAUCUGGUCCGCCAGUUGAUGCCGACGAGCCGGUGCGUUCGACGGCAGCUGGAGCAUACGCGCGACAUGAUCCUGCGCGGUCCGGACGAUCGGCGGGACACCAAAGAGAGCCAACCGUCGCGCGAACGCGACUUCCACGCCUUCUCCCUGCGCGAGAUCAAAGAGAAGUUCUUCGAGCUGGACUCGUCCUUCGAGCGUGAUGGGCUCGCCUGCAGUGGUUAGCAGUGUCGACUUUUACCUUAGUGCCCGCCAUGGUGCUCCAUUUCACAUAAGACUAUAGGCUAGAGCUUUUUUUUUUUCUAUAAGUGUUUCACGUGUCGAGUAGCUGUAAGGUUUUAGUUUUUGUGCAGCGUCACUAAGCAGCACCCUCGUGUACAACACCGGCAAAGGCCAGCAUGCGAGGCUCUAUUAAAAGAUUCGUCGAUUUUAAGAUGAAAAUAAAAGAUUUUUUUUCCCCCGUUCAAUAUUAAACAAAA